AUGCCGCCAACAAACCAAGAACUAUCACUCCUGAUAAACCCUCUCGUCCCAGACUCGGUCACACAUAACAACCGGAUCCUCGCAAACCUACAUUCCCUAAUAGCAUUCCUGCUAGGCACUGCAGCCGGGAUACUCGGCCUCCAAUCCGCAUACGGCUUCACAUUCUACCUGCUAGGCACGAUAUUCGUUUCGUUCCUAGUCCACGCCCUGCUAGUGAAGGACAAUACCAGCCCAGGCAUAAGAGGAAAAGACACAAAUAAAGGGGUAUCUGGCAUCGGGGUCUACUUCCCGGGCGAUGGAGAGUUGGUUCCUUCAGGUGGCGGCGGGUAUGCGAGAAAAGGCGCAUGGAAGGACCUCUGGUUCAGCGGCCUCGUUGCUACAGAGGCUAUCAGCGGGUUUGUCCUUGGGUGGGCUGGUGUCGGUGGUGUCUUGAGAUAG